CAGUGGUUGUUGAGUGAACUCUCGAUCCAUAGUUAUAAACGCUAACACUUCCUAGAACGUGUGACGGUUAAGAGCCAACGGGCUCAAGGGUUAAUGAGAAUAAAAAGAGAGUACAGUGUUACAUGAAAAGAUUCGAAGAACACGCGGUUUCAAUCCUUCUUUAGAAACUUACAUUUUUUGAGAAACCAGUGUUCUAUACUACAUUUGGUCCUUCGAACCGGAUAACGGUAACCAUGCAGACGUUAUUAUUAAAACGAGUGUUGUUAGACGAACGGGUGCAGCAGAUAAAAGAAGCAACACAAGUGUUAAUAGCGACCGAGUACGACGCAGUGAAAGUGAGCGUGAACCUACAAAGGGUGGAUGAACUCUGGAAGCGAUAUGAGCAGCUGCAGGAGCAGAUAAUAGAAAAGUGUUCUACGGAAGAUGAUCGCAGCGAUAUAAUUUCGCACCAAGCGAAAUUUGAAGAGACGAUUGUGAACAUAAAAACGGCUUUACUAACCAUAGAUAAUCGUUUUAGCGCGCCACCGCAUGGUUCACCUGACGGCGUACAAAAUGGCGCGGACGCCAUUCAAUUAUUGGCUGAGCAGCAAGCUGAGUUCUUACGCGUGGUUUCCAGCACAUUUCAUCCACACGCAGAAUCGACUACUAUCGGCAACAGUAUUCCACGGAUUGACCUAAAGCUGCCUCGAAUGAACCUUCCGACGUUUGACGGAGAUAUACUGAAGUGGGCUUCAUUUCAUGAUCUUUUCGACAGUGCGAUUCAUCGAAAUGGAUCGUUACAAGAUAGCCAGAAGCUAUACUUUCUCAAGACGAAUUUAUCAGGUGAAGCUGCUGCAUUGAUAUCACACCUUAAGAUUGAAGAUGGAAAUUACGAGCCUGCUUUAGAGAAGCUGAAACAACGAUAUGACAAACCACUGGAAGCUGCUGCUAAACACAUCGAUCGUUUCUUGAACCAGACACCAAUGACCAAACCAUCUGCAGACGGCUUACGGCUGUUACAUGAUGUUUCGGAUGAGGUGAUACGCGCAUUGGGUGCAUUGCAACAAGACAGUCGAGAUAUUUGGCUGAUACAUAUACUAGUGAACAAAUUAGAUUCGGAAACGAAACAACUGUGGUGCCAAAAGCGAGCUGAGUGCAAGGAGGAUGAAUUAACGCUAGCAAAAUUUUUGAAAUUCAUCGACGAUCAAAGUUCAGCUUUGUUAAUGGCAAAGGACUCUACGAAAUCCCGACUAGAGAAAGAAUCACCGAGAUCUAAAGGAGUAGCUCUUGUUACUAACGUGAACAACAGUGUAGCCAGACGAUGCGAUAUUUGUCAGGAAGCACACACCGUUUCUAAUUGUGUUAAGUUUGGAUCAAUGAACGUAUCAGAACGGAUUAAGAUGGUAAAAUCGUUAGGACUGUGCUUCAAUUGUUUACUCAAAGGACAUCGUUUGUCUGACUGUAAAUCGAUGUACAAUUGCCGGUCAUGUCGGAAAAGACACCAUUCACUUUUGCACAAAUCUGUUACUGAUCCAAUACUAACACCGACAGCUGAGACACAACAACGAACUCAUAUAGAAAUGAAACCUCGUAACGAAUCCAACUACACUAAUGGAAAUGUUCAAGAGAAAGCGACACUGCAUGCUUCCAAAUCAGCUGAUACCGCUAUGAAUCAAGUGCUAUUAUCGACUGCAAUAGUUAAGAUAUGCGACAAAAACGGUAACUCGUAUCUAUGCCGAGCGCUCUUAGAUUCUGGAUCACAGAUGAAUUUCAUGACUACGCGUUUAGCUGAUCUCAUGAGUCAACAGAGAAAAAAUGUCGAUUUUGUUGUAAGUGGUUUCAACGGAACGCAGGUUAAAAUUAACCAGGCGAUGAACGUGACAGUAGCAUCAUGCAUUGGGAAUUAUGAGUUUGAUGUCAGCGUACUGAUCACGCCAAAGAUUUCGACAGAUUUACCACAAACCUCAUUUGAUGUCGCCAAUUGGCACAUUCCAGAGAAUAUCGAGUUAGCGGAUCCGACGUUCAACAUAAGAGGAAAGGUAGAUUUAUUGAUUGGUUCGGAAUGGUUUUGGCACCUGAUAGAACCAAACCAGUUGAAGAUGGGAGACAAUCUUCCAAUUCUAACCAAAACAACGCUGGGAUGGACAGCAGGAGGAAUUAUCAGUACUGGUGUCCAAGUCAUUGCACAGACAUUCUGUCAAACAAAUGAAGAUACGCUAGCCGAUGUGCUAUCACAAUUUUACAAGAUAGAAGCAUGCGAUGCAGAUGUUCCUCAAAGAGACGACGAUGAUACUAUUGCUCAUUUUUAUAGUACUCAUUGGCGAGACAACGAUGGUAGAUUUUCGGUACGUCUUCCAUUCAAGCCCAAUCGAGAAAAGUUAGGCGAUUCGAAAGAGAUGGCCACGAAGCGGCUAAGUGCAUUAGAGAGACGCCUAGCGAACCAACCUGAACUGCAAGAUCUAUAUUCCACAUUCAUGCGCGAAUACCUUCAAUUAGGUCAUAUGAAAAAAAUUACGCAGUCAGAAGAAGAUAGUGGAAAGGAAUCUUAUUAUAUACCACAUCAUUCUGUCGUGAAACCAUCAAGCACAACCACCAAACUAAGAGUAGUUUUUGAUGGAUCAGCUCCAACAUCGAAUGGUAUAGCCCUCAACACUAUUUUAAGAAAGGGUCCAACGGUACAACGUGAACUGUUUUCAAUAUUGUUAGACUCCAGGAGCUAUAGAUAUGCCAUCACUGCUGAUAUUCCAAAAAUGUACCGCCAAAUCCGAGUUGCAUCAUCAGACACACAAUUUCAGAGGAUCGUAUGGCGUUUUUCAUCAGAAGAUCCAAUCGACGUGUACGAGUUGCAAACGGUGACUUAUGGUUUGACGUCUUCACCAUUCCUUGCAACUGUGGCGUUAAUGCAAACCGCGAUGGAUCAUAAAGAUGAAUUUCCACAAGCAGCACAUGUUCUUCAACACAAUACUUACGUCGAUGACAUCAUAGCGGGUGCAAAUGAUUUGAACGAAGCCUGUAAAUUGCAAGCAGACAUCCAGAAGAUUUUAGAAAGGGCUUGCUUUGGUGCGCAUAAGUGGUGUUCAAACAACAGUGAAGUGUUAAAAAACAUUCCAGAAAGGGAUCGAGGUUGCGAAUUAGACGUGAGUGACAAGACCAUUUCAGUAACAGUAAAAACGCUUGGUGUAAUUUGGAAUCCUAUUCAUGAUUGGUAUUCGUUUUCGGUGUGUCCAAGUAAAGGAGAAGCGAAUACUCGGCGGAAGCUAGUGAGUGAGGUGGCCAAACUGUACGAUUUGCUCGGACUGGUCGGUCCAGUCAUCACGUGUGCAAAAAUAAUCUUGAGAGAGGUCAGUGAACUACAGGGUGGUUGGGACGACACAGUGCCAGAAAGGAUUAGUGAAAAAUGGAAACUUUUCAAAGGUGAACUUGCGUGCCUCAAUCAGUUACAAAUAUCCAGGUGGAUUUUCACGUCAGACGCUAAAAUUGUGGAGUUUCACGGAUUUUCAGACGCGUCUGAUGACGCAUAUGGUGCAUGCAUGUAUAGUCGUUGCAUUAAUGAAACCGGGUGUGUAACAGUUAAGCUUAUAUGCAGCAAAUCGCGUAUCCUACCAAGCAAGUCGGGAAAGAAAAAAGCGAUUACUACUCCGCGUGCAGAAUUACUUGCAGCGCUUCUUUUAGCUAGACUCACAGAUAAGGUAGUGAACGCAAUAGAUUGUCAACUUAACCGUGUAUGUUUAUGGACUGAUUCACAGAUUGUAGAAUGCUGGAUACGCCGUUCACCCGAACAAUUACAAAUGUAUGUAGCAAACCGAGUUCGUGAAAUACAAACUUUAACCCACGGAUAUGUAUGGCGCUAUAUAUCCACAAAGGAGAAUCCAGCAGAUAUAAUUUCUCGAGGUGAAAUACCAAAACGUCUUUUGCAAAAUAACUUGUGGUGGAGCGGGCCAGACUUCUUAAAGGACAGUAGCGAAGAAGGAAUGCCUGUUGUGUCAUAUGAAGAAGUGGACAUUCCAGAAUUGACGAUUGGAACAACGUUAACUGCGACGAGAGGUGUGAAAUUAGAUUUUUCUUCAAUUAGUGACUUUAAUAAGUUGGUGCGAGUAAUGAGCUACGUAGCGCGUUUUGCAAAAUUCAUUAUAUCUAGAAGGGCUGUGAUUGCGAAAGGACAACUAUCAGUGAAAGACUUAGAUGAUGGUUUGAAAUUGAUAAUACGUUGCAUUCAACAAGAAUCAUUUAGUGACAUUUUCAAGGCCGUAGAUGAAGUUUCAUCAAACCAUAAACUAGCCAGUUUAAAACCAUUUGUUGAUUCUGUUGAUGGCAUAAUAAGAGUCGGUGGCAGAAUUAAAAGAGCGUGUAUUCCGUAUGAUAGUCGUCAUCAAAUGUUGCUACCAGCACAUCAUCCUGUGGUCGAAAUGCUUGUGAGACAUUUACAUAACACCAAUUUGCAUCUCGGACAAAGAGGACUUUUAGCAGUGAUAAGACAGCGUUACUGGCCACUGAGAGUGAAAUCAACAAUUCGUAAGGUGAUAGCUAAGUGUGUAACGUGUUUCAGAGCGAAUCCAGUCAGUACUGCACAAUUGAUGGGUGAUUUGCCAUCAUAUCGGGUACAACCUGCACCAACCUUUCAUCACACUGGAAUUGAUUUUGCUGGACCAUUUGGGGUGAAAUCAUACACAUCUGGAAGGAAACCGUUGAUCACAAAGGCUUAUGUAUGCUUGUUUGUGUGCAUGAGUACUCGUGCAAUCCAUAUCGAACUUGUGUCUGAUCUAUCUACAGAUGCUUUCUUAGCGGCGCUUCGUCGAUUCAUCAGCCGAAGAGGAUUACCUGGUAGAAUAUUUUCAGAUAACGCCACAAACUUUAUCGGAGCCAGGAACGAGCUGGAAGACUUGGCGAAUAUGUUUUCCAAUGAAGCUAACGCACAGACGAUCAUCAAUGAAUGUAACAGCCAUGGCAUCCAGUGGUCAUUCAUUCCUCCGAGAAGUCCCCAUUUCGGUGGAAUCUGGGAGGCAGGUGUUAAGCAAGUGAAGCAUCACUUGAUUCGAGUUGUCGGUGGACAUCAACUGUCUUACGAAGAGCUGUAUACCACUCUGACCCAGAUUGAAGCAGUAUUUAAUUCGAGACCUUUAGUACCUUGUUCAGAUGAUCCUAAUGAUUUGUCAGCUAUCACUCCAGCGCAUUUUUUAAUUGGGAGAGAAAUACGGUCGUUAUCAGAACCUUCGUUCUUAAAUUUGAAAGUAUCAACAUUAUCUAGAUGGCAGUUAGUACAAACUAUGUUACAGCAAUUUUGGAAACAGUGGUCAUCAGAAUAUCUACCAGAACUUCAAAAUAGAUCGAAAUGGAACGAUGAGAUUCAAAUCAACGAAGGAGCAUUAGUCUUGGUUAGAGAACAGAACUGCCCACCAUUCCAAUGGCCUCUAGGUAGAAUCGUGCAAAUACAUCCUGGGCAAGAUAGAGUUACCAGAGUAGUUACCGUGAGAACAAAUCGAGGAGAGUAUAAACGAGCUAUUUCAGGAAUUUGUUUAUUACCUAUUUCGUAAAAAUUGAAAUUAUUAUUUCAACGCGGGGAAUAUGUUGAGUGAACUCUCGAUCCAUAGUUAUAAACGCUAACACUUCCUAGAACGUGUGACGGUUAAGAGCCAACGGGCUCAAGGGUUAAUGAGAAUAAAAA